AUGCUGUUGUGAGCAGCUUGCCACGGGCCCUGCUAACCAAAGCAGAAAACAAUCUUGUGAUGCAGCACGUUGUGGGAGUUGAGCUGCCAUUGGAUUUAAGAACAAGCAUUUUGAAACAUGACUACUUCCUGGAGCGAUCGACUUCAGAACUACGCAGACCUCCCCGCCAACAUGGACGGGCUUGCAAUGAAGAAGUAUCGACGGGAGGCUUACCACAGAGUGUUUGUAAACAGAAGCUUGGCUAUGGAGAAGAUCAAGUGCUUUGGGUUUGAUAUGGAUUACACAUUAGCUGUGUACAAGUCCCCAGAAUAUGAGUCCCUGGGGUUUGACCUGACUGUGGAAAGGCUUGUAUCAAUCGGAUACCCCCAGGAGCUGCUCAACUUUGUCUAUGACUCUACAUUCCCAACCAGAGGCCUGGUGUUUGAUACAAUGUAUGGGAACUUGUUGAAGGUGGAUGCCUAUGGGAACAUCCUUGUCUGUGCCCAUGGAUUUGUUUUCAUUCGGGGGCCUGAGAUCCGGGAGCAGUACUCAAACAAGUUUAUCCAGAGGGACGAUACUGAACGCUUUUACAUCCUCAACACACUCUUCAACCUGCCUGAGACCUAUCUGUUUGCCUGUCUGGUAGAUUUCUUCACUAACUGCCCCCGAUACACUAGCUGUGACACAGGGUUUAAAGACGGUGACCUUUUCAUGUCCUACAAGAGCAUGUUUCAGGAUGUGCGUGAUGCUGUAGACUGGGUCCACUACAAGGGGUCUUUAAAAGAGAAAACGGUGGAAAAUCUGGAAAAGUAUGUGGUCAAAGAUCAUAAACUGCCUCUUCUGCUCAGUCGAAUGAAUGAAGUUGCAAAGGUGUUCCUGGCCACAAACAGCGACUACAAGUACACCGAGAAAAUUAUGACCUACCUGUUUGAUUUUGACCAUGGUCCAAAGCCUGGCACCCCCCACCGCCCGUGGCAGUCCUACUUUGACCUCAUCCUGGUGGAUGCGCGGAAGCCUAUGUUCUUCGGAGAGGGAACGGUCCUGAGGCAGGUGGACACUACCACGGGGCGGUUAAAGAUUGGGACCUACACAGGACCUUUGCAGCAUGGCAUUGUAUAUUCUGGAGGUUCAUCAGACACUGUGUGCGACCUUUUGGGGGCAAAGGGCAAGGACAUUGUCUACAUUGGAGACCACAUCUUCGGAGACAUCCUAAAAUCCAAAAAGCGUCAGGGCUGGAGGACCUUCCUCGUCAUCCCUGAGCUGGCCCAGGAGCUCCACGUGUGGACCGACAAGAGCUCUCUGUUUGAAGAGUUACAGAGCCUGGAUAUCUUCCUGGCAGAACUCUACAAACAUCUGGAUAGUAGCAGUAAUGAACGGCCAGACAUCAGUUCCAUUCAGAGACGUAUCAAGAAAGUGACCCAUGACAUGGACAUGUGCUACGGGAUGAUGGGCAGUUUGUUCCGCAGCGGGUCCCGCCAGACUCUGUUUGCCAACCAGGUGAUGCGCUACGCAGAUCUGUAUGCUGCUUCCUUCAUCAACCUCCUCUACUACCCCUUCAGCUACCUGUUCAGAGCUGCCCACGUCCUGAUGCCACACGAGUCGACCGUGGAGCACGCUCACGUGGACAUCAAUGAUGGCGAAUCGCCUAUGGCCACGCGGAACCGCAACUCCGUGGACUUCAAGGGUUACGACUACAAGCGUAGCCAGCUGACCCGCUCAGUCAGCGAAAUCAAACCACCCAACCUGUUCCCCCAGACCCCCCAGGAGAUCACACACUGCCACGACGAGGAUGAUGAUGAGGAGGAGGAGGAGGAAGAGGAGUAACGAAGAAAAACAAACUAUACAACAGUCUAUUGAGCUAAUUAGAGGGUGGUGCUGGGAGUAAUCAAAAUGCACAAUACAGUAAAAUGCAAAUACGAAAAAAAAAAAAAUUAAAAACAUAAAAAAUAUAUAAAACACACGUAUAUGUACGUGUGCGUGUGUGUGUGUACACAUAGCGUACAUAGAGACAUACAACUUUCUGUUAAUGUUACUGUCUGUAUAACAGACCAGUCUAAUGACACUUAUGUGAUUGACCCUCUCUCUUAUUUGAGGGACAGCGACAGUGAGUUUGUUCCACAUAUUUUAAAAAGAAAUAUAUGUGCAAAAGUUAUUUUGAAUGUCUAAGAAUGGUAGAUGUUUUAAGUUCUAAGAGAUGAAGAGACAGGAGCUCAAACUCAUUUAAAUAUUUUAGGGGAUAAAAAAUGCAUUUACGUUAUAAAAUAACUUUACUGUGCAGUAUAUUGAAUAUGGGGCAAAAUAAGAAUAUUGUAAAAAAAAAUGGCACCAAGCAAAUAUUAUAACGGAGGGCUGUAUUUAAAUACUGGUUGGUUUUGAAUCAGUAUCUUGUAGUAUGUAAGAUAGUCCUGGGCAAGUCAUGCACAGUAUGUAAUGGUUAUGCACCAAUACUACUGUUUCGUAUGUGUUGUUCAUGUUCUUGUUAGCUAUUUUUCAUACAUAAAUUUAGUAACAGUAUCAAGAUUUUACAGAAGCUCUAGUGCUCCAAAAUAGCAAAAAGUCUUGCUACUUUCAGUUUUUUCAAUUGCUUUUUCAGUCAUCGUAUUUAAGUUUGGCAUGAUGGGAUGGCUUUCCUGACCAAUGCAUGGACUGAGAGUGUGAGCUAUGCAAUUAAAAGGUUUACACAGAACUCAGUUCCGAAACACAGAAGCACAUUUAGUAAGAACACAGCUCAAGUGACAAGUGUGUGUUUUUUUUGUUGUGGUUAUAUAUUCAGAAGUAGUAGUGUGUUAAAGGUGUCCUGUUUGGAAAUACAAGAUGUACUUAACAUUGCUAGUGGGUCUUACUUAUAUACGGUAUACUCUUCUGUUUCUUUGGGAGAUUGUAGGGCUUUCUCACUGUCAGAACCAUCUCCCAGUCUAAUGCAAAUACUGUAAUAAAUCAAUGCGUUUGUACAGUG